CUGGAAUAUAUACGGCAAAACAACACUAUUAGAAAAAAGAGUGCAAAGAAGAGGAAAAAAAGACGAUAACAACCUUCUAAGCAAGCGGUUGCAGCAAGAAAAGAAACAACGGGAGAGGACGGUACGGUCGGUCGUUAACUACGCUAAUAAAUUCUCAUCAAUGUUAAUUCAACGUUAUUCAAUCGACUCGUUAGCCAGAGUUUGCCAUAACUACAAAUACUUAGUGACAACAAACAUCUUGCGACUACGGAAAAUGUCGUCCUCAGCUUCAGCACCCCCGCCAACAACAACUGCACCUGAUGCUGCAAAGUCCAUUAUUGCCAUAACACAAAUGCGCAGCACCAGCGACAAAGGCGAAAAUAUACGUCAAGUUGAAAAGCUGUUGCAGGAGGCGAAAAAGCAAUGUGCCUCCUUUGUUUUCCUGCCAGAAUGUUGUGAUUUUGUUGGAGAGAAUAGAAAUCAAACUUUGGAACUGGCCGAACCACUGACGGGUCCCACACUAACCAAAUAUCAAAGUUUGGCCAAGGAAUAUGAUGUAUGGCUAUCGCUGGGUGGCAUACACGAGUCCGUGCUGGACGAAUACGAAAGGAAAACCGAUAAGAUUUACAAUUCCCAUGUUGUGGUCAACAAUAAGGGGGAAUUGGUGAAGAUUUAUCGCAAAUUGCAUCUCUUCGAUGUGGAGACACCGGAAUAUAGCUUUAAAGAAUCUAAAGUUGUAAAACCGGGGCCAAAGCUAAUACCCCCGGUGGACACACCAAUUGGAAAAGUGGGUUUGCAGAUAUGUUAUGAUAUGCGUUUUGCGGAGAGUAGCUUGAUUCUGCGUAAACAGGGAGCCGAGAUUUUAACCUAUCCCUCGGCCUUUUCCUAUCCCACGGGUAAAGCUCAUUGGGAAAUUUUACUCAGAGCCCGGGCCAUUGAAAACCAAUGCUUUGUUUUGGCUCCAGCUCAAAUUGGCUAUCACAAUGAUAAGCGCCGUAGCUGGGGUCAUGCCAUGGCUGUCAAUCCUUGGGGUAAAAUUUUGGCCGAUUUGGGCGACAAAGAUGACCUCAAGGUGGGCAUUGUUGAAAUCGAUUUGGCUACGAUUGAACCCAUAAGGGCUUCCAUGCCUUGUUUCAAUCAUAGGCGAGAUGAUAUCUACAGUUUAACAGCUUAUGGCAGUGGAACUACGGAACCUCUGGAAGAUCGCACCUUUGCCAAAAAUGUUAUAAAUAAGGACACAAUAUUCUUCGAAACCCCCUACUGUUUUGCAUUUACCAAUCUGUGCUGUGUGGUCGAAGGACAUGUUUUGGUCUCAACCAAACGUUCCGUGCCCCGUCUCAAUGCCCUGAACUCGGCAGAAAUGAGUGAUCUGUUCAAUACUGUAUGUCGUGUACAGAGAAUGUUGGAAUCCAUAUAUCAUACAACAGCAGCUACUGUGACGGUGCAAGAUGGUGCCGAUGCCGGACAGACUGUACCCCAUGUCCACUUCCACGUUAUGCCUCGGCGACCCGGCGAUUUUAGACACAAUGAUCAGAUCUAUGUGAAGCUAGAGGAUCAAGUGGAAAACAAAGUCCCCCGCUCAAUGGAAGAACGCAUCCAGGAGGCACGAAAGUAUAGAAGUGUUAUGAAAUCAUUAAAGUUGUAGACCAGCCGAUUAAUUAAACGAAGACGACGACGAUUAAUAAAAGAUAGUUAGCUAUAUUUUAGCAAUAACA